GUGCGAACAGUAGUAAAUUGUCUGUCUUCAGCGCAGGGGUGGUGAGAAUACAGUGACUCAACAAACCUGCGCGGGUGAAUACGUGAAGGAGAACAAAAGCCGUAUACGAAGAUGUGCGGUGGUUUUACGUGCUCUAAAAACGCAUUGACAGCGCUAAACAUCUUUUAUAUCGUUGUUUCAUUUAUUUUAAUUGGUGUAGCUGUGUAUGGAAGAGCUUCUGCAUUGGUUACAAAUCUUCCUAUAAUUGGAGGUAUUUUAGCAUGUGGUGUUAUUUUGAUCUUAAUUUCUAUACUUGGCCUGAUUGGUGCUACUAAACACCAUCAAGUACUAUUAUUCUUUUAUAUGAUUAUUUUAUUCCUGUUAUUCUUGAUUCAAUUUAGUAUUGCUUGUGCUUGUCUUGCUGUUAACACAAAACAACAAGAACAGUUAGCAGAACAGGGCUGGCAACAUGUCAUAGAUGAACUAAAAAUAAAAGUUGAAACAACUUUCAAUUGUUGUGGAUUCAAUGGCACUGAAAAUGCACUCAUGAAUAGUUCAGACCCACAGUCCUGCAAAAAUAAACUUUGUUGUCAAUAUCCUACAGAUACUGAUUGUGAAUGUUCAACCUGUAUGCAGAAAUUACAAUCUACAAUUGAUUAUGCUUUUAAAUUAUGUGGCAGCAUGGGAUUGUUUUUCAGUUUUACUGAGUUUGUUGGUGUUUGGUUGACCGUGCGGUACAGGAAUCAGAAAGAUCCACGAGCUAAUCCUAGUGCUUUUCUCUAGUCUAACACCAUCGCUAUGUCCUCUGUCACCUCAUAUGAUCCUCCUA